AUGCAUGACGAAUAUUCGGAAACAUCGAAAAUAAAUGGUAACGCCCAUCAUUAUGAUGUUGUCGAUGGUGCUAAUCAUUCCAUUUUAGGAGCUGUUAUGAAAGAUGAAACACCGAAUGAUUCAUCAUCCAACGUUAUGGAACCUGGCCAAACAACUAUGCAUCGUGAACAUGAUGAUGAUGAUGAUGAUGAUGACGAAAUCGAUAAGAAUAUUCGAAAAAUGGUGAUCAACGAAAAUUGGUGGAAAGAAAAACGAACAGCACUUGAAAAAGAGAAACAAGAAUCAGAAACACCGGUAGAUAAAUUUCGUACAAUCAAACAGAAUAUUCGUCGCGGUAAUACACGAUCAUUGAAAGAACGUUUUGAAAAUUUGAGCAAAUUAACUGAAUAACUUUCAUUAUUAUAAAACAAAACAAAAAAAAACAUUCCUUUAAUUGAACAGCAAUAUUAUUAGUUAUAUUUAUAUUCAUGAAUCAAAUUCAAUUUAUAUACUAUGAUUUUUGUGAUCAAAAUGUAAUAAUCUCGUUUGUUUGUCUAUUUUUUACUGUUUUAUGAUUGAAAUGUAUUGAAGAAAAAAAAAAUUACUGAGAAAGAAAAAUUCUGAUGCAAACAAAAAAAAAAAAACAGCAGCUAACCAUAACCAUAUAACCAUAAUUUGGAUGAUAAAUAAAUAUAUUUUCCGGUUUUUUUAUGUCA